UUAUAUUUUACUUUAGGUUGGAUUUCUCAGGAUGGAGUAGAGGAUAAGGGAGCAUUGCGAGUAUGAUUUAAAGAAAUGAUUUCCCUAUAAGUGGUGUUAGAUUCUUUCGAUGAAGGAGGUGUUUGGGAGUCCAGGGAAGGUAAGUGGGCUAAUAUUGAGGAUGGGUCAAUGUUUAUUGGCUUCUGCUUCUAUUGCAGUUAUGGCCUCAGCUUCUGGUUUCUCCAGCUCCACUGCCUUUUGCUAUUUAAUAGCAUCAAUGGGGUUGCAAGUAUUGUGGAGCUUUGUUCUUGCCUGCUUGGAUAUCCAUGCUUUAAGAUUGAAGAGAGAUCUGCGGAAUCAUGUCUUUGUGAGCUUGUUCGUGGUUGGUGAUUGGGUGACAGCCACUUUAUCCCUCGCGGCUGCCUGCUCAUCAGCUGGCGUGGUGGUUUUGUUUGUGAAAGAUACAAAUAUCUGCAAAGUUGAGAAUAAACUAUCCUGCGACUUGUUUCAAAUUUCAGUGGCUUUGUCUUUUCUCUCAUGGUUCCUUCUUGCUAUCUCUUCCUGCGCCAUGUUUUUGCUUGCAGCCUCUGACUAAAGGAUAUUAUUUUUCAAUUCAUGUUGUGAAUAUUUCAGAAAUUAUGUACAGGAAAUAUCCUCUCACUGGCUUGCUUCCGAGGUCAUGUUAGGACACUCAGUAUAUUCGGAAAUGAAACUUCAUUAUUUUUUGUUGCAAUUUACGGUGUAAUGUUUUAAAUUUGAUUUCUGGAAUCAUUUAAUCAACUCCUUUUUUGUCCUUUCA